AGGACACCACUGAGUCAUUUGCUUCUCACCAUUUCAGAUGGUGGAGUGCCCUCCUGGCUUCGAUGCACCCUGCUGCAGCGCCUUGGGCUGGUGUGGCCGCUCAGCGGAUCACUGCAAGUGCGAGAUGUGCUCGGACUACCGACACAAGGCGAAGGUGACCUACGCAGGCAUCAAGUUGAAGCGCGCCAAGCGCGAGUGCGAGACGAUCGCCGCCGAUCUGGGGCCCUUCUCCUCGCCGGAGGAGUGUGCCCAAACGGCUGUGAACGAUUCAGAGUGCGGGAAGAUGAUCAUGUUUUCCUUCAACUACCCCAACUGGGGUUGCCGAUGUUGUGCGAUCGACACACCAGAAGGCGACGAAGCGGGGGACACCCAGAUCGUCUAUGCCUACGAGGUGAUUGUGGAAAUCCUCUGACA